CCGACCCAACCCGACCCUCUCUUUUCUCUUUUUCGUAGCUUUUGAACGGAGGGUCGAGGAGGAAGGAGAUGACAACAAUGGCGACGAUGCUCACCUCGUACCCCGUCGCCUCUCUCUCGCUCCAAUCGGGGAGGAGAAGCUUCGGGUGCGGCUUCAAUCGGAGCCCCCUUUCCCUCUCUAGGGCUCCAAUGGCGCGUUCCUCUUCUUCGUCUUCUUCGUUGCUUCACUCCUCCUUCCUCUCCUUCCCCUCGGCCUCCCUCUCCUUCCCCUCUUCCUUCUCCGGUUUGUCUCUGGGGAUUGACUUAGGCUCUAACAGAGUGGUGAGAGAGCGAUACCGAGGUCUCCAGGUUAGGGCAGGUAAGGCUGCUCUUUGCAUGACCAAAAGGUCGAGAUCUCGGAAAUCACUCGCUCGCACGCAUGGAUUCCGAAGACGCAUGCGGACCACCAGCGGAAGAGCCGUGCUGAAGCGGAGGCGCGCCAAGGGAAGGAAAGUCCUCUGCACAAAAUCGAAUCCGAGCAGCGGUAAACGCGCCUGAUCUCAAGCCCGGUUAAUGCUCAGCGUAUUCGGCCCAUUCAUGUUUUAGGGCAUUUUGAAUCUGUUGUUCUCGAGACCAGAACAAUCUGGAGAGAUUGAUGUUACUCUUUUUGCGGUUUCGUUUGCCUGUUAAUAUAUUCGCAUCUUUUCAAGCAAGUCUCCAGUAUUCGCUUGCGAAAACAGAAUUUUCACCAAUCAAUUGCGGCAAAUUGAAGUUCCAUGACAAAAUGGUUUAAGUUCC